GCGUAUCGUAGGGCGGUACGAGGUCGUGACGACAAGAGUGACAUAUAUACGUAGGUAGUGACGACAGCACGCAUCAGUGAGCGCCGACCAGCACGGAGACAACAUGAUGAGGAACCUGGUGCUGGUGUGUGUGCUGGCGUGCGCGGCGAGUGCGGGACACGUGCGGGAGAAGCGCGGCUUCCUGCACGGACACCACGGACACCACGGGCACGGCGGCGCCGCCAAUGCUGUGCGCUACUCAGCUCCUGCUGUGAGCUACUCGGUCCCCGCUAUCAGCUCCCCUGCCCCCGCCGUCAGCUUCGCGGCGCCAGCAGUCAGCUACUCCACCCCAGCAGUUACUUACUCGUCUCUGGGUUCAAGUUACUCGGCAGCGGCAACUAGUAAUUCGGUGUCAGCUGUUGGCUACUCUGCACCCGCAGUGAGCUACUCCACUCCUGCUGCAAGUUACUCUUCUACCGUCUCAAGUUACUCAGCACCGGCCAUCAGUUACUCAGCGCCGGCCAUCAGUUACUCGGCACCCGCUGUCAGUUAUUCGGCACCCAUUGUCAGUCACUCGGCUCCAGCUAUCAGCUACUCGGCACCUUCUGUUAGCUACUCUUCUCCCUCCGUGAGAUACGCGCCCUUGGCUACGAGUUACUCGGCACCAGCUGUUAGUUCCUCUGUAUCCGCGGUUCGCUACUCAACCCCCGCUGUUACCUACUCGACGCCGUCCGUUAUAUACUCCGCUCCUGCAACAAGGUACGCACCUCUGGCUCCAAGUUACACAGCGGUUCGGUUCUCUAAACCCACUGUGAGGCACUCUUCACCAGCUGUCAGCUACUCUUCUCUUUCCAAAAGCUACAGUGCGCCUGUAGCGAGAUACGCUACCAGUUACUCUGCAUCAGCUGUGAGCCACUCUGUACCUGCUAUCAGCGUCUCGGCGCCCGCUGUCAGUUACUCUUCUCCUUCCAUAAGCUACAGUGCUCCUGUAGCGAGAUACGCCACAAGUUAUACAGUGCCAGCUGUCAGGCAUUCUGCGCCGGCUGUCAGCUACUCGUCACCUGCCGUCAGCUACUCUUCUUCCAAAAGCUACAGUGCUCCUGUAGCAAGAUACGUCACAAGUUACUCUGCACCAGCUGUAAGGCACUCUUCACUGGCUGUCAGCAACUCGGUACCCGCUGUCAGUUAUUCUUCUCCUUCCAUAAGCUACAGUGCUCCUGUAGCAAGAUAUGCUACAAGUUACACAGUGCCAGCUGUAAGGCACUCUUCACUGGCUGUCAGCAACUCGGUACCCGCUGUCAGUUAUUCUUCUCCUUCCAUAAGCUACAGUGCUCCUAUAGCAAGAUAUGCUACAAGUUACACAGUGCCAGCUGUCGGGCACUCUGCACCAGCUGUCAGCUACUCCUCUCCCUCGGUGAGAUACGCGCCGCUGACAACGAGUUACUCUGCACCCGCUGUGAGGUACUCAACACCCGCUAUCAGCUACUCUUCUCCGGCUGUUAGUUACUCGACUUCCACUGUGAGUACCUCGUCGCCCGUGAUUCGCUACUCGGCGCCGUCCGUCAGCCAGUCAGCGGCCGCGGUCAGGCACUCAGCGCCUAUCGUCAGGUACUCGAAGCCUACUGUGAGCUACUCUAGCCCGGCCGUUAGUAAUUCGGCAUCAGCUAUUAGUUCCUCGGCGCCCUCUGCGAGCUACUUGCCAGCCGUGAGCCAGUCCGUGCCUGUGAGGCACGCAGCCGCGGCGAGCUACUGGCCCAGCAGCACCGCGCCGUGGCUGGCGGUGCCGGUGCGGCGCGCGCACUCGGCCGCCGCGCAGCACGGCGCCGCGUACGCCAGCGCCUGGUGAAUGCAACACGUAUUUAUUUGGAUUUAUCGUUAUUUAGUAACUAUUUUUGUUGUUUUCUACACUAUAUUAAGCAAUGAUUACUACAUACCUAGGUUAUAAAUUGCUGAUGUUAAUAAUGAAUAAACUAUA